GCCUACGUCACCGACUCCGUCGCAACACGGAAGCGCGGUGGAACAGUUCCGACGGCUGCGUCGCUGUUAUCGUGGAGUCCGAGCGACGCGGCCACUAGCUGCCUCCUCGCCGCUGUUCGAGCGACGGCCCCCGGGGACCGGUGUUGGGUUUCUCGACCGAUGGACGCCCCCCGCCGGACACGACCUCUGUUGUUGUUGUUGUCGGGGGAAUAGCUCCGCUCCUCGGGUUGGUGCGGAGCCAUGAGACCAAGUGUGCUGGGGGUCACGGGGGCGGCGGGACGCCUGCUGCUCUCCCUGCUCCUGCUCUGCUGGGAGGGCACACUGCUGCAGGUCGGAGGGGUCAGGUCCGUCACCCUCCCAGAGUCCCUCCUGUUCGUCUCCACGCUGGACGGAAGUCUGCACGCUGUCUCCAAACAAUCGGGAGAGAUCAAGUGGACCCUGAGAGAAGACCCCGUCAUCCAAGUUCCCGUCUAUCUCACAGAGCCAGGUUUUCUCCCAGACCCCAAUGAUGGCAGUUUAUAUGUGCUGGGCGGGAAGCACAAGGAAGGCCUGAUGAAACUGCCUUUCACCAUCCCAGAGCUGGUUCAGUCGGCUCCCUGCCGCAGCUCUGAUGGUUUACUCUACACAGGUAAGAAGCAGGAUGUGUGGUUCGUGGUGGAUCCUGAGACGGGCGAGAAGCAAACCAGUCUAACCACCUCCUCCUCCGAAUCCAUCUGCCCCAACACUCCCCUGCUCUACAUAGGACGCACAGAAUAUAUGAUCACCAUGUUUGACACGAAGGCACAGGAGCUGCGAUGGAACGCGACGUACAACGAUUACUCCGCUCCGCCGUAUGAUGAGAAACAAGACUACAAAAUGGCCCAUCUUGUGUCGAGUGGCGACGGUCUCGUUGUGACCGUUGACAGAGAGUCAGGCGACGUGCUGUGGAGUCAGAACUACGGCUCGCCCGUCGUGGGGGUCUACCUGUAUUCUGGUGACUCUCUACGACACGCCCCCCACCUGUCCCUCGCCAUGGAAACGCUGCGCUUCCUCACCUUCUCCUCUGCCAGCGACCAGACGGACUCACACUCCACCCUGAAGUGGAGCUAUCAGUUUGUGAAGGAGCAGGCAAGCGCACAAACACAACUUGUACCCACUCUCUAUGUCGGAAAGUUGGACUCUCACCUCUACGCCUCGACUUCCCUCGUGCACCACGGAGUGUCGUUAGUGCCUCGGGGUCUGACCCUGGCUCGGAUCGAAGGUCCUGUGACGGCUGGCGUGACGGUGAGAGAGCGAGGGGAGUGUGAGAUCACUCCGUCCACUGACGUGCGCUAUCCACCAGGGAGCACCAACAGCCAGAAAAACCACUGGCUGCUAAUAGGCCAUCAUGAGCUCCCGCCAGUCGCCCACACCACCAUGCUGAGGGAUUUCCCAGUCAGCCUGCAGCGUUCUGGUGAGGCCGUCAUCCCUCCGCGAUCUCCCGGCUCCACCACCCGGUCUGUCUCCUACUACCAGCAACGAUAUUUCGAGGCGGCUGCCGGUAGCCGUGGCGACACUGAUGCAAACAGAGGAGGGGAGGAUGCGGGGAGCUCCGAGGAGGCCCAGAGGCCGGUGGCGGUGCUGCCGGUCUACAUGACUCAGGACCGCCUGACUCUGGCCGUUCUGACUCUGCUGCUGGGAGGAUGGCUGGCCUUCGCCAUCACGUACCCCGUUCGCGCGGCCCAGCAGCUGAAAGCUCAAAGGCAGCUGGAGGAGGCUUUCGAGUCUCGUCUGCAGCGCAUGCAGACCAACAUGCAGACCACCGCUCAGACGGCGACCUUGGUUUCUUCGGACGUGACCCUCUCCACUGACACGAACCUCUCCAGUGACUCUGCGCCUGCCUCUGCCGACCCUCCACCCAGUCCCCACGCUCACAGCAGCGGCAACUCAGGCGCUGACAGAAAUGACCCAGCCGGUCACAAACCCACAGCAGAGGGAAACAGUGAGGAGGUGCAGGUGGGUAAGAUCUCCUUCACUCCGACCGACGUCCUCGGACACGGCACUGCGGGAACGUUUGUCUUCAGGGGUACAUUUGACGGACGGAACGUAGCGGUGAAGCGGAUCCUGCCCGAGUGUUUCGAGGUCGCCGAGAGAGAGGUGCAGCUCCUCCGGGAGUCCGACACUCACCCCAACGUCAUCCGGUACUUCUGCACCGAGCGAGACCGCCUCUUCACGUACAUCGCGAUCGAGCUGUGCGCUGCGACCCUGCAACAGUAUGUGGAGGACACAUCCUGUUUUUCUGAGUUGAAUCCUAUAACUCUACUGGAACAGACCAUGUGUGGCCUUUCACACCUCCACUCACUCAACAUAGUCCACCGUGACCUGAAGCCCAGAAACAUCCUCCUGUCUGGGCCCAGUGCGCUGGGUCAGGUGCGAGCCCUCAUCUCCGACUUUGGACUCUGUAAGAAGAUCCCGGACGGCCGGAGCAGCUUCUCCCUGCGCUCGGGAAUACCGGGAACUGAAGGGUGGAUAGCUCCUGAAGUGCUGUGGGACUUGCCUGGAAAUAAACCAACAGCAGCGGUGGACGUGUUCUCAGCCGGCUGUGUGUUCUACUACGUGGUCAGCAGGGGGCAGCACCCGUUUGGCGACGCUCUGAGACGACAGGUCAACAUCCUGUCGGGGGAAUAUUCACUCUCACACUUUAUGGAGGAUAUACACGAUGACUUCAUAGCGCAGGAUCUGGUCGAGCAGAUGAUCAGUCCUGUGGCCGAGACGCGGCCCUCCACCGCCUGCGUGCUCAAACACCCGUUCUUCUGGAGCUCCGAGAAGCAGCUGCUCUUUUUCCAGGAUGUGAGCGAUCGAAUAGAGAAGGAACCAGCAGACAGUCCGAUUGUGGUCAGACUGGAGAAUGCGGGAAGAGCUGUGGUCCGAACCAACUGGAGGAUGCACAUCUCUGUGCCUCUUCAGACAGACUUGCGGCGAUUCAGGACAUAUAAAGGAAACUCAGUCCGAGACCUUCUGAGAGCCAUGAGGAAUAAGAAACAUCACUACCACGAGCUGCCACCGGAGGUGCAGGGGACCCUCGGCGAGCUGCCCGAGGGCUUCGUCAGCUACUUCACCUCGCGGUUCCCACGGUUACUGAUGCACACGCACGCUGCCCUGAGCAUCUGCGGCCACGAGAGACUGUUUCACCCCUACUAUCUGCCCCCAAGUGCCAAAUAACUUUCAUAACCACUCUGCACUCCGUGCCAUUCAUUUACAAACACACACACACACACACACACACACACACACACACACACCUACAUCCUUGUACUUUUUUGGUGAGCAAAGGAAAUCGCCGACAGUGGCAUGUUAUUGCUUUUGUAAAGCCCAUGCUGUUUUUUUUUCGAGGGGAAGUUACACUGUUGUUGAAAAAGUUUUUGUAAACCUUGAUUUGUUUUAUAGAUCAAUCAAAUUUUUUUUCUUCAGCUAUUGCUCAAUAGAUUAAUUGAAAAGUUAAAUUGGAAAAUACUACAACCUCCACCAAGCCUGCAUACAGUUUUUAUAUUGAAAAUUUUUGUGUUUUUUACUGUUUAACUCCAACAUAGUGAAAAGCAAUUUUAAAGGCAGGUGCCAAAUAUUUGUAUUCAAUAUUGCAUAUGAACUCAAGUGCAAUACUUUAUUAGAAGAAGGAAAAGGCCCCAAAACUAAUCGUUAAUUGAUCUUUGGGCCCAUUUUUAUCAUAAUUCUCUGAAAAUAAUAUCUGCACGUCUUGGAGCGUCUCCCGUUUAACAGAAAUGUUUUUAAAGAUUUCUUUUACCUUUUUUUAUUUAGCAUUUUUGCCUUUAGUUGAUGGCAAAGAUGAGAGAGAGAGAGAGAGAAAGAGUUACGACAUGCAGCCAACGUCUCCAAAGAUAAUAAGAAAAUAUCACUUAUUUCAUGAAGAUAUACUUAUGAAAUUAUUUUUUAAAUAGUCUGCGAAGGUAACCAAUCAUACACAGAUCUCACAUUCAGAUUGUAGCUACGGGCCAAUGAGACUUGAUUUUGGCUUUUUAGAGCGAUAAAUGAAUUCAGUUUACUAGAAUGUGAGUCUGUUGUGGACGGUGAUGGUCACGUCUGAUUGGCUAAGGCGCCAAGCACUGCAGGUAACACACACACACACACACACACACACUGGACAACGACAAGCUAGUGUAAGAGCUUGUUGUUGUGGUUUUCAAGUGAAGCUGCAUUUUAACCUUUAACCUGCUGCUCCUCAGUAGAAAGUGCCAAAGACGUUGCUUUUAUGUAUUUGAUGUUUGUUUGAAUGUUUCCGUUACUGAAAAAAAAAGGAAAAUAUCAUUGGCACUGUUGAAAAAAAAAAAAAAAGACUGGCAGACUCUGUGCUCAUUUGAUUUUAAGCUGCGGACGCGUACGGGACCCGUUCACCUUUCUUCUUUUCUUUUUUUUAAAAACAAACUGAAAUGCAGUUUGUUUCACUGGAUCAACACUCCUGAAUGUCCCUGCUGCUUUGAGCCUUUGAGCCUUGACAGCUUCACUAAACGCUCUCUCCUCCCUGUAACUGCUGGAUGGAGGAUGGUUUGUAGUUCUGCAGUAGAAUACACGAUGAAGAAUCAAUCUUUUGUACAGUGAGUGAAUUAAAUUGAUGCUUUGGUUUGCGCCAGAGAAUGAAAACAAAAGAAAAGUCUGAGUGUGUUGAUCUUGUGAACAGACGAACCGAAGAGAUCAAUUCUUCUUGUUGUCAUUUUAAAUCUGACACUUCCAUCACACACCGGCUGGUGUUGGGUGACAAAACGAAAAGAAACAGUCACAACUAGCCUCUCUGUCGUCUUCUUAACUGCAGCCCGGUAAUAAACUAGACCACGUUCAGACAGUAGGUAAUUAUUUUAUUUUAAAUUAUGGUACGAGUGGUGUGGUUCUACAUGAACACAGUGGAUUUAAAGCGUUCGAAUCAGCAUUUGUUUGCUCACUAACAGUCAAACAUCGAUCCAAUCUGAUGGAACUACACUGAUGAUAUCAAUCUUUGUCUAUUGGGCACUUUUUCGAAAUCCACAUUAACAAGUGAUUUACAACGGCAGCACAAUAGAUUCAAAGUAAAGCGGACGAGUCAUUGAAUCAUCCGUUGUCAAAUGGAUCAGGUGGAAACUAUUUGAUGCAUAAAAACAACAAUAUUGGUGUGUGAAGACAGAAAGGUCUGGUGCUGGUGCACACGAUACUAAAGCGUCACAUAUAGAUUGAUAUUGAAAUGAUGUUUCUUUUUUUCCCCCCAAUAAAUCUUCAACCUUAA